AUGGACAAAGACCCAGAACCCGCAUUUGCAUCCGAGUCCGAUCGUACCGAGGUCGACGUUUCAAUCCAGCUCGAAGAACAAAAGAAUACUGCAGUCACUGCCAAUCUUUCGGAAUACCCAGAACCAGCAUCAACAAGCCAGCAACCACCUGUGCCAACUCCUGAUGAUCCGCCAGAUGGCGGACUACAAGCCUGGCUCCAGGUCCUCGGCUCGACCGCCAUUCUCGUCAGCACCUGGGGAGUCAUCAACACCUUUGGCGUCUUCCAAGCCCAUUAUGAGACAUCCCUCCUAUCAUCCCACACCUCUUCGCAAAUCAGCUGGAUCGGAUCGGCCCAGGGAGCACUCCUCUUCUUCGUCGGCGUCAUCGCUGGGCCGCUAUACGACGCAGGCUACUUCCGGCACCUGCUCAUCACAGGCCAGGCCUUGACAGUGCUGGGACAGUUCAUGACAUCCUUAUGCACCACGUACUGGCAGGUCAUGCUCGCGCAGGGCGUGGCGAUGGGCUGUGGGAUGGGGUUGACUUUCUUGCCAUCGGCGGCCAUUCUCGGGCAGUAUUUCCGCCGGCAUAGGGCGUUGGCGCUGGGAUUGUCCAGCGUGGGAUCUCCGGUGGCCGGCACGGUGUUUCCAGUAGUAUUCAGCAAAGUUCUAUCAAAAUCUGGGUUUGGAUGGGCGACGAGAGCUAUUGCAUUUAUCUUGCUGGGGGUGUCAACAAUCCCGGUGGCAUUCAUGCGAACUAGGGUGCCGCCGACAAAAGCAGGGAGGAAGAGAGACUGGAGCUAUUUCAUCGACAACACUGCAUUCAUGGAUUGGCCGUACGUGCUGUUCGUGGCCGGAGGCUUGUUUGCGUUUCUGGCUCUCUAUGUGCCCUUCUUUUACAUCCAGCUGUAUGCGACAUCCCGUGGAGUGUCCGGUGAGAGCUUUGCGCCAUACCUGGUCACACUCCUAAAUGUCGGAUCGAUCCCAGGCCGUGUUAUCCCCACUGCAAUGGCCGACCGAUGGGGAUCGCUGAACCUUGCGAUUGUGUGUGCGGCUGGAAGCACAGUGAUGGUGUUUUGCUGGCUGGGUAUCCGCGGCCUCGGAGGCGCGGUGGUUUAUGCGCUGUUUUACGGCGCCUUCUCCGGCGGUGUUGUCAGUCUCACCCCAAGUGUUCUCGUCAGCCUGUGUCCCGAUAUGGGCCGGGUUGGAGCAAGGAUGGGCAUGAGCUUCGUGGUGUCUGGUGUAGCCAUUCUCGUUGGUACGCCCAUUGCUGGAGCGAUCUUGGGCAAUGAUAGGGAUCCUCGAUGGCUCGGCACCAUCCUGUACUCUGCCUUUGGACUGCUGGUGGCCACUCUGUUUUAUGUGUCUGCAAGAAUCCUUGUUUAUCGAAGGAAGCAGACUUGGAGGGCCUAG